AACUACUUGAUAAAAAAAAUAAAAAAACUAAUCAAAAAACGAGAGAUUGAAAAUGAGCAGUGGAGCCGGAAAGAUCGUGUGCGUGACCGGAGCCUCGGGUUACAUAGCAUCAUGGCUUGUGAAGCUCCUCCUCUCGCGCGGUUACACUGUCAAGGCCUCUGUUCGUGACCCAAAUGAUCCCAAAAAGACAGAACACUUACGUGCACUUAAUGGAGCUCAGGAGAGACUUCAGCUGUUCAAAGCAAAUUUACUGGAAGAAGGUUCCUUUGAUUCUAUUGUAGAAGGGUGUGAAGGUGUUUUCCACACUGCAUCUCCGUUUUAUCAUGAUGUGAAGGACCCACAGGUAGAAUUGCUGGAUCCUGCAGUGAAAGGAACACUCAAUGUUCUUGGCUCAUGUGCAAAACACCCGUCAAUCAGACGAGUGGUUUUGACAUCUUCUGUUGCUGCAGUUGCUUACAAUGGGAAACCUCGAACCCCAGAUGUAGUAGUGGAUGAAACUUGGUUUUCUGAUCCAAACUUGUGCAGAGAAUCUAAGGUUUGGUAUGUGCUCUCAAAGACUUUGGCCGAGGAUGCUGCAUGGAAAUUUGCAAAAGAAAAGGAUAUGGACAUGGUUGCAAUAAAUCCAGCAAUGGUAAUUGGUCCUCUCUUGCAGCCAACACUAAAUACAAGCGCUGCGGCAAUUUUAAGCCUAAUUAAAGGAGCACAAACUUUCCCCAAUGCAUCUUUUGGAUGGAUAAAUGUUAAAGAUGUUGCCAAUGCACACAUUCAAGCAUUUGAGCUGUCAUCAGCUAGUGGGAGAUAUUGUUUGGUUGAGAGAGUGGCACACUACUCAGAAAUAGUGAAGAUUCUGCACGAGCUUUACCCCGAUCUCCAACUCCCAGAAAAGUGUGCCGAUGAUAAGCCAUAUGUACCAAUCUAUCAAGUUUCCAAGGAAAAAGCAAAAAGCUUGGGUGUUGAAUUCAUUCCUUUGGAAGCAAGCGUUAAGGAAACAGUUGAAAGCUUGAAGGAGAAAGGAUUUGUCAGUUUUUAAGUGUCUUUUGCAUGCAAGAAUUUUCUUAUAUGAAUUAAAUAAAUAACUGGUGGAGGAUAUAGUAUCCCCCCUCUCAAGAAUUUAGAGCUUGAUGAUGAUUUCUUGCUUAUCAUAUGAACUAAAUAUAAAAAGAGAAGUGGUGACCCUACCUCUUUCGGUUCAGCUUAA